AUUUAAUAGCCGCCGUGACGUAACCACAGCCACAUGUCAAACGUCACAAUUGACUUCUUUGGUUAUGUUCCGUUUGUCAAAGUUAUAAAACGAAAAAACGCGUUUCUCGGCCACAAAUCAUCAAGUGUGUUAAGUUCCGUGUCAGUGCAUUUACCCCCAUCAUGACGGUGCCCACCCCCAGCGAGAAACUCCUCACCAAUGGCUCCACCACUCCCAAGCGCCAAAACGGCCAAAAAUCGGGCCUCAUGAAGCUAUCAAGUUACGUGCUAGCCUUGCGUCCGUGGUCCCUCAGUGCCAGUCUCAUGCCCACACUGUUGGGCUCCACCAUAGCGUACAAAUACCCCGGAGUUACCGAUUUCAACUACGCCACCCUCCUGCUCACAAUUUUCACCGUGGUGUCGGUGCACGGCGCCGGAAACGUCGUCAACACCUACUUCGACUACGUCAAGGGGAUCGACAACCGGAAAUCGGACGACCGGAUCCUGGUGGACCACAUUCUGACCAAAGACGAGGUGGUGUCUCUGGGGGCCCUUUUAUACUUUGCCGGCUGUGUGGGGUUCAUUCUCUUGGCGGCGUUGAGCCCCGCGAAGAUGGAGCACUUGGCUUUGGUCUAUUUCGGGGGGCUGUCGUCGAGCUUCCUCUACACGGGAGGUAUAGGCUUCAAGUAUAUAGCCCUCGGGGAUGUGCUUAUUUUGAUUUUGUUCGGCCCCAUUUCGGUGCUUUUCGCCUUCAUGUCGCAAACGGGGCGCGUCGAGUGGGCGACGAUUUACUACGCCAUCCCUCUGGCCCUUAAUACUGAGGCGAUUUUACAUAGUAAUAACACAAGGGACUCUGAGUCGGACAAAAAGGUGGGAAUUGUGACUCUGGCGAUUAUUAUCGGCCACACUGCCUCGCACGUCUUGUACGCGUUUUUGUUGUUCACCCCGUAUAUCAUGUUCAUGGUGGCCUCGUUGAAAUACUCGAAAUGGUUCAUGUUGCCUCUAGUCACGCUUCCUAGCGCUUUUAAAAUCGAAAAACAGUUCAGAUCCAACGAUAUACACAGUGUGCCCAAAAAGACUGCCAAAUUGAAUUUGUUUUUCGGUGUUUUGUACGUGCUGGCCUGUAGUUUGGUUCCAGCGCUGCCGUACGUCACCAAAAGAUAGAUGUACGAGCUCUUAUUAGUUGUAUUUAUUUCUAUUAAGUUAUUUUUUACUGUGUUGAGGAACUGCGUCAAAAGGGGGCGCUAGUGCGGGUUUGCGGCUUGGGGUCCAAGCCGCAAUACCUUCUCAUUUUCGUUUGUUACGUCGAGAUUAUUGUACUUAUGACAAUGAACAGUCACGAUCAUAAAGAAUGUCAUCCCUAUAAACUGUUGGGUCGUAAACGUCAAUAAACAUGAUUUCGGGUUUUUACUUUUGUAACAUCAACGAUAUUCUAAUCGUGUAAAUUAAUAAAUGUAGUCUAUUUACUCCAAGUAUGAUCAAAACUGUAUUACGUAAUGUGUUAGCUUUUUAAGUAGUACUUAUUUACUUAUUUUUAAACAAAAGUAGGUGUACUAAAGUUCAAAACCAACGUUAGUUACAUUCUGUUCCAGUUGUUAGCCACUUUUAAUUUAAAAUUUUAAAUAGUACCCUCUAUUUUUUGAAACAUUUUUGUUAUAAAUUUUUACUUAUCUUUAAAUAAUCUUUUUUUUGUUAGAAAUUUUGCCUUUAAUUUAAUGUUUCUAAAAGUCCUAGUCUUUUGUCAAGUAUUUACCAAUAAAAUUCUAAAAAAAAGUGAUUAUACAAAAGGACGAAGUCGCUCACAGACAAACCGAAAAUGGGGUCUUACUUAAAACGAAUCAUCCGUUUUUAACCGCAAGUUGUUAAAGAAACUCGGCUUCGCCUCGGCUGGAAUUUUUCUUUAUUCAAAACGGUUGCAAAAAAUAAUAACGAUGUUUCUCCAUUUAUGGAUUCUAUCAAUAUGAACUUACUAAUAUUUGGUCCUUCGAGCCGGAUAAAGCAGCCAUGUUGGCCGUGGAAAAAUUAUUUCACAGAAAAUGUGUACAAAGUUAAAGGUUUUGCAAAAUUUACACUUUUAAGCUAGAAAUUCAUUUAUUUGGCCAAAUUAAAAAAAAAAUUGGAAACCUCAAAAUUUAAAGUAAACUUUACAGUUUUGAAGCAACAGAUUUUUGACUGAUUUGACUUUGCAAAGGUAAAUUCGAUAUUUGCUGGCCAAUUCUAUAUAUUCGUAAUAAAAAAAAUUAUUUUAUUAAUCGAUUUACAUGAAAACGAGUUGAAUACAACAUUUAUUUUUCGAAUUUGACUCAACAAGGCUUGAAAUUGCUUUAAAUCUGUUAGAAUAGUCAGACAUUUCGUAUUGAAAAAUGCCAAAUAGUUAAAUAACUAUUAUGUUUGCUUAGAAACAAUUUUUUAAAUUUUAAAUGAAAAAUUAUUAUUGGAAUUAAUUAUAAAUUCACUGUUUUAGUUUUCAAAUAUGAACAUACUCCUAUAGAUUGACUUUGUCAAUGCAAGGUAAAUGGUAACUUACUUUGAAUUAAUUUAACGUUGGAAUAAAUUUUAACUUGUUUUCUGUACGCCGACUCUAAUUACAUGUAUAUUAUACGAUUUUAAUAUCAUUGGGGCCUAAAAUCUAAUAGUCGAGAAAACACUCGAUGAUGUGAAAUUUACAUUUAUGACCUAAAAGAUCAUUGCUGUGGUUCGUAGGGGUGACAUUCUUUCUGGUCGUGACUGAACCUAAUCAGGUGAUUGGCUCUUUCAAGGCGGGGUUUAGUCCCUGAUUGGCCAAUUAUAAAUCAUGUAUUUUUAUAGCUGAUUAAUUUAUUGUUAAUGUUGAUGAGUUUUGUAUGACGUUGUGUAAGAGAUUUUAUAGUAAAUCAUUAUAAUUUC